ACAACCACAACCACCACAACCACAACCACCACAACCACACACACACACACACACACGCGCGCGCAUACAUGGGCCGGGCCAAGAAACUUCGCUCCAAGCAGCGGCAGCGAGCAAAGGCUGAACGUCGCUUCUCCCCGCAUGACCACCGAGUGGCAACGCCAAGCGAAGCUCUCCACUCGGCCACAUCGUCUGAUGCCCUUCCGACUCGUCUCGUUGACCUCCUCUCCGCUCUGGCUUCGAACAAUGCUUCCGAGAGGGAAGUCGCCGCUGGCUCUCUUGCAUCUCUGGCUGCUUCUCUCGAUGCGUCAUCGCUCGAUGAUUCGGCGCCGACCACGUCGGCUGCCUCAUCGCUGCCGCAGCCCAAGCGCCGCAUCGGCUCGGGUGCUCUGGUCGAUGUCGAAGCUCAGGCUCUGUUCCGGAGCGAGGUCAUGGACGCUCUGCGGGUGCGCAUGUUUGAUAGCGUGCUGGCUGUCCGGGUCACGGUUGCUGGCGUCAUCCGCAACAUCGGCGUGAGCUCGCUCGAGGGUGCCGAGGCGCUGAUGGCCAACGACGGCGUUGCCUGCGUGGCCAUGAGCCUCAGCAAGGUCCGUGAGGAGCUGGAGGCCGGCGGGCGGUCGCAAGAUGAGGUGAUGCAGAUGUGGAUGAUGAUUGGUCACCUGGCGGCCAUUGCCCAGUGCAUGGCCGAGGCUACGCCCGAGGCCGCGGCUGCGCUCACCAACGCCGGCGGACUCGCCGAGUGCCUGGUCCCGCUACUGGCCCAAGCCGACGACGUGCCCGGGCAGGUUCUUGUGGAGGCUGCCAAGUGCAUCAUGACGCUUGCUGACGGCAACCCGUCGUUUGUGACGGCGCUCACUGCUGCUGCCGGCUCUGAGGAGGCGCUGCUGACCUCGCUCCGGCCGCUCCUCGCCGCCGACAACGCGUUGAUUGCGGUUCUCGGUGCCGGGGUCCUUCUGGCGCUGGUGAGUUCAUCACAGGCUGCGGGAGUGGUCCUCCCCGAGGUUGCGCCUAUUCUCCGAGCUGCGGUGGCGGGCGUCGAUCCGGCGGCGACCAUCGGCGACGAAAGCACCGACGGCGGUGCGUGGCACGAGGCGGUGGUGGCGUCGCGGAUGGCGCUUGAGAUGCUGACCAACGCGCUGGUGGUGGAGGUUGAGGAGAGCAGCGAUGCGGGCGCGGGCGUCGAUCCUGUGGUGGCGGCGGCAGUCGGGCCCGGAGCGGUGCUCUCGGACCUUGUUCUUCCGCGCAUGGCCGUCCUUCCGGACCAGGUCCACGCGCUCGGGCGGACGCUCGACUCGAUCGGUGAGCGAGUGCGGACGUACUACGGCCACCUUGUGCGGGUGGUCGGUCUCGCGACCAAUGCGUGGAUGGUGCUCGAGUCGGCCGAGGCUGCGGCUGCGCUAGUGCCGGUGUGGCAAGCCACGCUGCAGCUGCUGCGCACGGCCGAGGUCGGCGGUGCAGCCGGCGACGUGGUGGAGCCCGCGCUCACGCUUGCGUCGGCCAUCCUGCAGCGUGCGCGGCUCGACGACGGCUGCCCUACGCCGGACGCGUCGCCCGAGGUGUGGCAGAUGAUUGUACAGCUGGCAAGCACGGCGCCAAUGCGGCUGGUCCGGGUUAAGGCCACCGAGGUUGCGGCGCUACUGGGCGCGGCGAUGCGUGUGGGCGCGAGCGCCGACGGCGCCGACGCGCUCGUCGCCUUUAUCGCCAACCAGCUCGACGACGCCGAGAUCGGAGUGGUCCUCGAGGCCGCCGACGCUGUCUUUGAGCUCCUCGCGAGCUCGGCGGUCAACGCGGCGCUCGCCUCCUCGGGCCUUCUCGGCAAGCUCGGCAAGCUGGAGCAGACCCUCACCGCAGCUAUCGAGGACGGCAUGCGGACCGAGUCGUUGCCAGAGGACGUGCUGAUGCGGGCCGACGACGUGGUGACCAACCUCCCGCGGUUUGUCGUCUACAAGCAGCAGCAGAUGUCCAAGUAAGCAGCCACACACCCGACUUGCCGGUGCUGUCUGUUUACCUCUCCCUUCCCGCGCCGACGCGCCUAAAAGCCGUCGUACUGGGCGACGUCGACGGCGUCGCCGCCGAACCGGUACACGAUGCCGGCGAUAAAGAUGAAGAGCGACUGGA